AUGCCUCAUUGCACUUGGUAUAACCAAUGUGGCGGCGAGCAGGUGCAUCGUUCUCCACCAGUUCAUCACGUUAUGGAUCAAAUAUGUCUUCUCUGCCAUGAAAUGUUCUCUCAUGAAGCGCCAAAUCUUCGUGCGGAAUGUCGCGCCAACUGUUUUCGAAACGACCAGUUCUCAUCAUGUAUUGCUAUGUUCAGUUCAAAGAACCGUCCUGAGCAUUUUCGAUAA